AUGGAUAAAAUCUCGACCUCGUCAAGAUGCUUGAAAGAGAGCACGGCGACGCUCAGUCUUGAGGUGAUAAACUACCUGCAGUUAAAGGGCGUGAACGCCGGCGAUUAUGUUAGCUCCCGCGUCUUCUCAGUUGGUGGCUACGACUGGGAGAUCCGGUUCUACCCUGGAGGAAUAGACGAGAAGGAUUGUGCCGGCAAGGCCUCAGUGUUCGUGUGGUUUCUCGGCAAAGAAAAUAAAGAUGUGGGCGCCAAGUUCACGAUGAGCAUGCUGGAGAACAAGACCAAGGCACAGGUUGCCAGCUUCGAUGUGAGGAAGCGCUUCUUCAGGAAUCCAGAAUACAGAUGCUGGGGUUUCCCUGAAUUCGUCGACAAGUCCAGGCUCGAAUCGCUGUCGCGCUGCGGCGACGGAUGCUUCACGAUACUGUGCGUACUCACCGUCAGUCUGGAGUCGUCGCCGCUGGAGCUUCCCUACCACUUUGAGCAGAUUCUCCGGGACGGGAGAGGUACCGACGUCGUGUUCGGUGUGGCUGGCCAUGAGUUCGCUGCGCACAAAUCUCUCCUGGCCGCCCGAUCGUCGGUCUUUGGUGAGCAGUUUUUUGGGCCCAAGGCGGAGAAGGAUAUGCUGCGCGUGGAAGUUCUCAACAUGGAGCCUGCCAUCUUCGAGAUGAUGCUGCACUAUAUCUACACGGACUCCCUCCCGGAUUGCGAAGAUGAAGGAGGCUACGGUACCGCGACAAUGCAGGAUUUACUGGCUGCAGCGAGCAGUUACAAGCUAGACAGGUUGAAGAUAAUAUGUGAAGACGAGUUACGCAAAAGGAUCGACCAGGAGACCGUCACAACCCUGUCCGCGUUAGCAGAUCAGCACGGCUGCAAUCGGCUCAAGGUUGCAUGUGAUAAGUUUGUACCACCAUCCAAGUAA